GAAUAUUAAUUACAGUUUACAUACAUCUUCACUUAUUGACGGACCAUGUUAUAUAAUUGAAUUUCACAAAAAGCACUUCCGUAUAUAUUGAUCUUUGAUAAAGAACAAAAAAAAAAAAAAAGACAAAGUUCAUAUACACUGCAAACAGAGGUUGGAAUAACAAUAUUGGCUCUCUCCUGGGCGGGCACACUAGCGUUAGUUUCAAUUCAACCAGAAAAUUUCAUGCGCUUCUCUACCAUCUUCCGCAACCACACAAUCCAAUCCUCCAAUCGCCUGAGGAGCCCCGUCAAGCUACUUCACUCUCUGCCCCGACCAAGACCUAGAAACCCCUCCGACACCAAGCGAUUCUGCCAAAAACCAAAACUUGCGAAAACACAGACCCCCCCAGAGGACCCCAGGGUUUACACAAGAGACGUCGUAUCCAACAUCUAUAACAUCCUCAAGUACUCCACUUGGGAAUCAGCUCGAGAACAGCUCCCACAUCUGGGUCUCAGAUGGGAUUCUCACAUUAUCAACCGUGUCUUGAAAGCACACCCUCCGAUGCAGAAAGCUUGGCUCUUUUUCAACUGGGCUUCCCAGAUCAAGGGUUUCAAACACGAUCACUUCACUUACACCACCAUGCUCGAUAUCUUCGGUGAAGCCGGUCGGAUCCAAUCCAUGUUCUCCGUCUUCCACCUUAUGAAGGAGAAGGGUCUGUUGAUCGAUACGGUUACUUAUACAUCGCUUAUUCACUGGGUUUCAAGUUCCGGCGACGUCGACGGAGCUAUGAGGCUUUGGGAGGAGAUGAGAGAUCAUGGGUGCGAACCUACCGUCGUGUCUUACACAGCUUACAUGAAGAUUCUUUUCGCCGAUGGGAAGGUGGAAGAAGCCACGGAGGUCUAUAAGGACAUGUUACGGUCGCGAGUUUCUCCCAAUUGUCACACUUAUACUGUAUUGAUGGAGUUUCUUGUCAGCACAGGGAAAUGUGAGGAAGCCUUGGACAUUUUCUUUAAAAUGCAAGAGAUUGGGGUGCAGCCAGAUAAAGCAGCUUGCAAUAUUCUGAUUGGAAAAGCUUGUAAAUUUGGGGAAACAUCAUUCAUGGCUCGAAUUCUUCUAUACAUGAAACACAAUGGGAUUGUACUUCGUUACCCUAUCUUUCUUGAAGCUUGGGAGACCCUGAAAGCCGCAGGCGAAAGUGAUGAUCUGUUACGAGAUGUCAACUCGCAUAUUUCCGCUGAAUCUUUGUGCUCCAAUGACAUUGAUGAGACUCCAACAGCCGAAGUUGAUGACACUAAGAGUUCAGAUGAUAUUAGAGUUAUCAGCUCCGUUCUCUUGAUGAAGCAGAAUCUGGUUGCAGUUGAUAUUAUACUUAACCAGAUGAGAGAUAGGAACAUAAAGUUGGAUUCUUUUGUUGUUUCAGCUAUCGUAGAAACAAACUGUGGCCGUUGUAGAACUGAGGGGGCUUCGUUGGCUCUUGAUUACAGCUCGGAAAUGGGUAUUCAUCUCGAGAAGUCAGCAUAUCUUGCGUUAAUUGGUCAUUUUCUGAGAGUAAUCGAACUUCCUAAAGUGAUUGAAGUGGUCAAGGAGAUGCUGAAAGCGCAACACUCCCUCGGUGUGUACCAAGGAGCAAUGUUGAUCCACAGGCUCGGGUUUGGGAGAAGACCUCGCUUAGCCGCAGAGGUUUUCGACUUACUUCCGGAUGAUCAAAAGGGCGUAGCUGCUUACACCGCGCUGAUGGAUGUUUAUAUCUCAGCAGGGAGUCCAGAGAAAGCAAUGAAGAUAUUAGGAGAGAUGAGAGAGCGAGAGAUAAUGCCUUCCUUGGGGACAUACAAUGUUCUACUGUCUGGUCUUGAGAAAACCAGUGAUUUCCAGAGAGAAGCAGCGUUGUUGAGGAAGGAGAAGAAGAGUCUUGCUGCUUCUGCACGUUUCCGGGGAAAUGUUCAUGUUGAAGACGAGAUAUGUGAUCUUCUGUUUGCUACAAAUCUGUAAUUUUGAUUUCAGGACAGACAUUUCUGAUAGAUUGAUUAGCGGCACAAUUGAGUACGGACGCCGGAGAAGAGAGAUGGCGAGAUCGUGCUCUAUCUGGACG